GCAAUAAUGCGCUUUAACCUUAAUUCAAAGAAGAAGACAAAACAAAAAAUAAAAGUGGGGGAAACCGCGAAAAGUAAUGUGGGCACGUAAAAUGGCUGCUAGAAAAUCUACAGCCGUUCGAAAAAUACUGGAAAAUCCUUCACCGGACUCUUCCAAUUUGGCAUCUGGGAAUGAUGACAGCUGUGGCAACAACAGUGGAACAAAAAGAAAAACCAAAACCUCUGGGAUCAUUGUGAGGUCUCGUUAUAUGCAGACUGAAAAGAAGUCUGCCGUGAAGAAACAUCCACUAAAUGAGUCUGUAUUUGUGCCGCCCCGGCCUGCUUCACCUAAAGUUGGCAGUGGUCACAAACCCAGAUUUGGCACACCACCGAAACGGGCGUUACAUGCUCAGUCCGAUCGGAACUCAACAUCAAUUAUACCCAGCCUUUUAGAGUCUUCAAGUCUCGGUGGAAAUGUCUUGCAGUCAACAGUACUGGAUGGUCACUGCAUGUGUCCAGACUUCGAUCUAUCUGUCAUUAAAGAAAAUACAGCACCAACAUCAGUUCCAAAUGCAGUGGACCCAAAUUCUAAAAAAAGAAACCUGGAGUUAGAAACAUUCCUGCUGGCCUUUCUCACCGCUAAGAUUGAAAACAGUACACAACAACUGAAGGAAGAAGCGGAAAGAAAUCUUAUUACUCUGAUGGAAGAAGAAGAAAAGAUGCAAUCAAAAAUUAUGACCAAGAAACAACAGUGUCUUCAUCUCGAAAAGCAGCAACAGCUCAAUGAUUUACUCAACCUGCAGACUAUUGCACUAAAACCUGUUGCUGAAACAGCAAAGCAAUUCACAGAGGAGUACAAGACAUUUGCCUCAGCUAUAGACACAACACGGCAUGAGCUACCUAUCAAGAACCUGCAUAUUGAAGAGGAUAAAGCGGAGUUUUUGGAUAAAGCAGUUGUCAAUCUGAAUCAGAGUCAGUGUAUCUUGGAGCAGUACAUGAAGGACGUUUCCACAGACAGUGAAAGCACUGCAGCAUGCCUCAAAGAGAUCAAAAGUGCAGCACAGGAGAUUGACAAGCAUCUUCUCAGUACAUCUUCUGAUCUGUUGGAACUGUCCUCACUGGUGAGUCAGGAGACGGUGCUGAUCCGGCAGUGUUUGGAGGAGGAUCAAAUUGGAUUUAAUACUGUACAGGGUCUCUUUUCAGAUUAAAGUGGAUUUUUUUCUUUUUGUAAAUCUUGUAAUUAUUAAAGCAUUGAAAUUAUUGCA